AUGAAGCGUCUUGGUGUAGACGCAAAAAGGAGUCUGUUCUUCUAAAUGUUUCUUGUGACGCUUUUGCCUUCGGGCAGGAGGUUUUGUUUAUAUCAUAAUAGAAUUUAUCAAUAACUUGUUCUUUUUCAGGACACCAACAAUGAUCGUAUCACCGUUGAGUGGACCAACACACCUUCCAAUUGA